CAUCACAAAUUAUUUCCACUUUGAGGAUUUCCAUUCUGAGGCUUUCAUAAACGAGCCUCCGCCUAGUGGGCCGGAGGAGUGGAAACUGGAAGAACCUCAGAGAGAACAAGAACGUCAGAAGAAAAUUGCCAUAUGAAUUGCAAAAGUAGUGUGUUCGAAAAAAUAGUGGCAAUCAUCAUGCAUGACAGAUCUACGUCCACCUUUGUACGCGAACCAGCAUGAAAAUGCAUGUGACUCGGUUAAUAUAGCACCGGAGGUGGGUCGAGUGACGGGUCGUUAAGGGGGUUAAUUCUGUGAUGCGACUCCUGUUAUACUGUACCAGUAAAUUAAGUAAGUAUGCGAUAUUACUUUUGCCAUGCAUAUCGCGAGGUGAAGAACGACGUGAGUCUCUGGAAACACGUGCAGUCUUUCAAGGCCCUGCACAUCAUUUAUUACGAUGAAAAUGCCCCCACCCCCGAACUUGGGAGCAUUUGUAUUGCAAACCUUUCCAAAUGAAACAUUCCCCCUCUUGCAUCUAUCAGCAUCACAGAUUUCCGAUCGUGAGUAGCAAAGAUUUGUAUUGCAAGAGAUCCCAGCAAGAGCGGCGCUUGUCAACAUGCAAGCGAUGCGGGGGCACACGCCUGGACUCUGCAUCAGAAAGGUUCAUACUCCUUUCAUGCAUUACAAUAAAAAGUUUUCAUUUGGAACCUUUGCAUCACAAAUCUUCGCAACUUUGGGGGUGGGGGCAUUUUUCCUCGCGAUAUUAUUCACAUGGACUUCCACUGGGAGAAUGUGUGUGUCUGUCAAGACCCAAAAACCAAGAAGACCAAGCACACUUUAUCAAAUGCAAAAAUGUCUGGGUCUGGAAACUUGUAAUGCUAAAAGUGAAUGAUAGACGCACUGCAGUACGCAGCUAUGCAUGACAAAUUUCUUGGCUGCCAUGUCUUACGUAUUCCGCAUGGCAAACUGCGUUUUUGCAUGCAAGACGACGCCGUGAGGACGACCACAGGGUGUCCGUCUCAAUGAUGACGAUGAUGAUGACAGGAAAGAGGGCCUUUUCGUGCCUAUGCAACACAGACUCUCGAGUCAUGCCAGACAAGCAUGACAAACUUGCAUUCUUCCAGACCCAGACAUAUUUGCAAUCCAUACACUUUCAUUGUGGACUACAAGCGCAUCUACUCGUGGAAAUCAGAUAAACCGGAACAGUAUGAAAUGCAAAACCAUCGUACUAGUAAUAGUAUAAAUCGCAUGUUGACAAAUUUUCUGAGCAUGAGAAAUGAAAUUUGUAAUGCGGAUUUAACUUGAGAAGGAAAUUUGUAAUGCAUGAAUGCAAUUAGUACGACUACGAUACUUUUGCACAGGAUAAACAGCUGAAGCGGCAACCGGAAGAACACUUGAAAAAACACAAACCCGAGGAAGACCAGGUCGUGACCAUCAAAAUGUAUCACAGGAAAAACGUGUUUACAGUUUACACAUGUGCUCUUGGAGUUUCUGCACCACAAAGUUCCUCGACAUGGCAAGAAAGAAAAACUGAUGUGAAGAUGCGCAGCCUAUAAGGGAAAUAAGCACGAAUGAAAUGAGCCUGGCAAGCAUUUCCUGCAUGACAGAGGUGGUCUGAGUCUUGCUUGUCUUCCAGCAGAGUGUGUAACUGUGACACUUUUUUCAUCGGGAUAAAAUGUGCCUGAAUUUCAUGGUGAGCUGGUUCCAGAAUGACAAAAAGAAUCUUGCUCAGGAGAUCGGGCUGAACGAAAAUGACUACUGCAUCUGGGAUAUCAAAUGCAAAUAUGUCUGGGUCUGGAAGGUUGGAAGACUUGUCAUGCAGGUUUUCCAUGCCGCGUAAGGUCUGUCAUACAUGGCCCAGCAUGACAGAUUCUCCCCGAACUCUAUCAUGCCUCGUCUGCAUGAGAAACUCCCUCUCAGCUUGGUCAAAAGUGGACAGCUUUUGGUAAUCAUGCAGCACAGAUUUUUGCACUAUCCAGAAUUACCAUGACAAGUUGCAUUCUUCCAGACCCAGACAUAUUUGCAAUGCAUAUGGGAAAAAAUGAAAGACUACAUGGAAAGAUUCGCCUGGAACUCGUGGCUGAAAUAUGCGAACGCUGGCGACCCGACGGAAGUGUCGACGUUUGACGACUGAAGAAGGCGAAGGGGGCUGGGGGCGAUGUUGGCACAACAAAAAAAAAAGUGGUGCUCCGGCUUGAAGAUAUUCUUCAUUUAUGUCUUCGGUUUUUUUCGCGCUAUGAGUAUGAUCUCCUACUUAUGGUCGUGCGCGACGGCGCAUGUAGUACCUUCUAUUUUGCUUGCAAACUAUGCAAUCGAUGAAAUUUAAUCGCCAAAAAGUACAGUAUCAGAUUAAAUAGGAACACUUGUGCAAUGAAGACGUUUGACUUUUUUCAUCUACGUUUUUUUUUUUUCCCACCAACAUGGUAGGCCUCGCGACAGACAAGAUCGAUGGGUGUCCGUCGCGUCCAAAUCCAUCAGGGUUUCAGGGGUUUCAGGGUUGUUUAGCGUUUGUGCUAAUUUUGAUUUGAUUUUUUUUCUCCCUUUUUUUUAUCGCUUUUUUAUGCGUUUUUUUAUUCAUUUUUCAAUUUUUUUCUCCUUUUUUUCUUUUUCGUACGCUGAACAACUUUAAGCGUAUUUUUUCAUGACUUUUUCUUUUUUUUGAUGAAUGUGAAAGCAUCUUGAACUUGAAGCCGUAUCAUCAUGAUGUUAGUUUGAAUUGCACAAGAAGAGCAAGAAACUAAAAUCCAACAACGGUCGAGGAUGAGUAUGAGCCGAGUAAGUAAAUACCAAAAGUAAAAAGCGCUAUGAAGAAGUAAACAAGACCGAUCACCACGCGGACCCCAUGCCGCGUUUUUU